AUGAGCAACAUGGAACUGGUGAAAAAAAUAGCAGGUGCUUGGAAGGAGUUACCAGCAUCACAGAAGCAGGUUUAUGAGGAAGCUAGAAAAAUGGACAUGCAAAGGUAUGAAGAGCAGUUGGCCGCAUAUAAAGCACAGCUAACUCCAGCCCAGGCUGCGGCUUUGAAAGAAGAAAAGAGAAAACGGCUGGCAAAAAGAAGAUCCUUCAGGGCAAAAAGAGAAUUGACGGUGCUUGGAAAACCUAAAAGACCUCGUAGCGGCUUUAACAUUUUCGUGUCAGAAAACUUUCAAGAAAGUGAGGGAGUUUCACCUGCGGCAAAGCUGAAGAAAUUGUUUGAUGCAUGGCAAAAACUCUCCAGUUCUCAAAAGCAGCCAUACCUGCAGCUUGCUGAAGAUGAUAAGGUUCGGUAUAAAAAUGAAAUGAAGUCAUGGGAAGCAAAAAUGGUUGAACUCGGACGUGAAGACCUGACACGUGCCAGAAAGCAAAGGUCAAAAAAGAAAACUGCUGAAACUGCAAAGAAAGGUGAAACAGCCAAAGCUUCCUCACGUAAAAACAAGACAAAAUUAAAGUUGAAAAAAUCAGAAGAAUAA